AUGCUCAUUGAUUGGGAACAGGUGAUGGUAAGGCCGCGGGUUGGGGACUUCGUGUACACAGACUCUGAGAUCGAGGUCAUGAUCGAAGAUAUCUCCAUCUUCAAGGAGAACGGGGCGCAUGGAAUAGUUUUUGGCGUGUUGACUGCAGAUGGGAGAGUAGAUAGCGGACGGACAAGGAGGUCAGUAAUUUGCGGGAGUCCCGCAACAAACGCAAAUGAUACAUAUCGAAUUAUAGGCUCGUUGAGGCAAGCUUACAACUUGAAGGUGUGCACGGUUUCAAGAGGAAAGAGUCUUAUUCUGAUCUUUCAAGUUUGUUUCCACCGAGCGUUUGAUAUGACCAGAGAUCCAGGUGAAGGUAUGGUGUGCUCUAGAGGCGAAUGGUUCAAGUCUGAGCUUCUAGUAGCAUUCAAAGACGUUGCAAGCAUUGGUGGAAUUACGCGAAUCUUGACAAGUGGGCAAAAGAGUACCGUGCUUGACUCCCUGGAUAUCGUCAAGAGUCUUUUGGCCAGUCAGAGCUCCGGUGACAACAGAGCACCAUCAAUUCUCCCUGGGUCCGGAAUUAAUGCAACGACCGUUGAAAGAGUGGUUGCCGAACUCGAGACCCCAGAAAUUCACUUGAGCGGAGGAAGAUGGGUCCAAGGUCAGAUGCAAUUCCGACGAGAAGGGAUGGGGAUGGGAAUAGGUGAUAAUAAUGACUGGAGUAUCUGGAUGACUAGCGAAGCUGCCAUUAAAGAAGUCCGGAAUAAGGUAGACACGAUGAAUGCGGCACCAACGGCCCAGCCAAAUUUGAGCAGGAAGGAUAUGGGAAAACGCGAACUUGCGGCAUUAGGGAUUGGAAACGGUGCUCCUGAUGUCGAGGGCCUUCGGUCAAGGCGUAAAUUAGACCAUGCGCCAUCGUCUUCAGAUGUUGAAAUGGAGAGUGCAGAAACAAGUGGGCAGGGGGGAAAGUGCAAGGAAGAAGUCAGGGUACAAGGACUCAAGUUAUGGCAAAUAGUCAAGGACGCUACCAAGGACGGGCGCUCUCUUACUACACAGUUCCUCAAACAACCACAUCGACGGACGUAUCCCGACUAUUAUGUGCUUAUCAAACAUCCAAUCGCUCUGGAAGAUGUCAAGAAGAAACUCGAUUCUCGGUCAUAUCCUGCUCUUGAAGCUGUCAAACAGGAUUUAGAUCUAUGUUUCACCAAUGCAAAAGCAUAUAAUCGGAAAGACAGUGAGAUUUACCAGGACGCAAAGGACCUUCUAAAAUUGACGAACAAGACAUACCACAAAAUGUUGCCGUCAGAGGAAGAAGGAGAAGGGAAGCACAAACCCCCUAGCUUGAAUCGUCUCAUCAAGUCCAGACUUCAAAAGCUUGUCGACAAAACAGACGACGACGGGCGAAGUAUAUCCUACGAAUUCAUGGAACUUCCCUCAAGAAAGGACUGGCCGAUAUACUACAAGGAAAUAAAGAAACCUCAAUGUCUCAACUUUAUUAUGAAACGUAUCAAGCACAAAGAAUACGCAAGCUCAAGCCAAUUUGCUGAAGAUGUGGAGUUGGUUUUCGCGAAUGCACUACACUUCAAUCAAGAGGGUACUGUCAUCUGGGAGGAUGCACGAACUCUACGUGAUUAUUUUAGAACGUUGAUGGCGGACAUGCCUCCCCCAUUCGAUCUGUUACAAUAUUCGAGACCUACAAACAAGAUUAAAAUCAAGAUGCCUGCAGCGGCUCAAGCCUCCACCGCGUCUGGUUCAACCACACAACCUAUUGCUGCAACGACAUCCACGACGCUUCGUCUACCUGCUUCUUCACCUACACAGGCCGAGUCGAGUCAGAGCUCCUCAGCAAAGCUAGAAAAACAGGAAUCCCUGCCCGCGCCCAUACCGACACCGACGCUCCCUGUUGCUCCAAAUAAUGCAGUAAAGGUUCCAAAAGACCCGCCAGCAUCAGCACAACCACCAGCACCGAUGCCGAAAUUGCUACAAAAAUCUGCACCGAAGCAAGCUCCCAAACCAAACCCCGCUCAGUCUAGUCUCGUAUCCACAACCGUGACCCCUGCACCACCGCUGAUGACUACGCCCGUCUCGAUAGCCCAGCCCUUCCUUCAGCUGCGGCCAUCGCCUGCACCAGCACCUCCCCCUUCAGAAAAAUCAAACCCUCCACCAAUGACUUCACCAGUUGGUCAUGUUCACACCACUCCCACCGCUCCCAGUACUCCGGUACCACCACCGGUACCUCAACACCGCCUGAAGUGCGUUAAGUUCAGAACUGAACCACGGGGGAGGUGGAUCAAUCUUGAUCACAGAGAUGGUGUAGCAAGUUGGGCUAUGAGACUCGAUAAGUCUGAACAGAGCUUGUAUUUCCAUGAAAUUUCCUUUUUUGAAGAAGUCGAAGAAGAAGAAGAAAGUGGGGGGGAAGAAGAGAAUGAGGAAGAGGAUGUUGACAUGGAAAUAGAUAGCUCCCCUAAACAAGGUAAAAAGAAGAAACGAGGGCGUGGGCGGCCGAAAGCCACUCGAUCCAUUACCAAAACUGCUACCAAGGCUGGUCCAGUACAGAAGAAGAAGAAGGCAAGUAAAGGGGAGACACAAGUGAAGCUGAAUGGUACUGUUGUGGAUCAGAAGGCGGAAGACAUUGGACGGUGGACUGUAGAUCUAGUUAUCGGGCCCAACACACUAGAAGUCGGAGAGAAAGGCGGCGUGGUUUGGAGAAUUUACGCUGAAAGACUGGGGUAA